AUGUCUAAUAAGAAUUUUUCAAAACAUCCUCAUUAUGAAAUUAAUUCAGAUUUAGAAGAGAACACUUCUAAUAAAGAACUCAACUUAGUUAAAGAAAGCAGUGGAUUUCUAGAAAAAUCAAAUUCU